UAUCAGCCACAUCCACCAAAAUCCUCAGCUAGAAAAUAAUAUGCUAACUGUAUGCCUUCAUGUGUCAUGUGUUUGUAAAUACAUAAGUUGCAUAUGACAUUUCAAUAAGUCUUUUACUAAUUGAAAUAUUUGUUAAUCUAUAUUAUUUUGUCAUUUUAUACAGUCGUAAAUAUCAAUAAUAAAAGUGAGUAUAAAGUGAUAGAUCUAUAAUGCUACAUCGUAUACGUAUAUUUAUAAAAGUUUACUGUAAAUAAUUUUAUAACAAAUACGUCAUGAAUCGUCGCAGGGACAAUAGAAAAAAUAAUUCCCAAAAAACCAAAUUUGGACACCGAUACUAUAAACAUGAUUCUGAAGAUUCCAGUAGCAAAUUAGUCGAAAAAGCUGCUGAUCUAACAAUUUCAAGUAGCUCAGAAAACGAAUCUAGUUGUAAUGAAUCUCAUGAAUCCCAGACUGACAGCACCAAAAGUUCAGACUCUGAAGAUGAUCUGGGCGUUCCACCAAAAUUCAAGGUAGCCAUGUGGGACCUCAAUCAGUGUGACCCAAAAAAAUGUUCAGGACGAAAAUUAGCCAGACACGGCUUGAUAGAUACUUUAAAAUUGGGUCAGAGAUUUCCAGGAUUAGUAUUAACUCCUGUCGGCACAAAUUGUGUGAGUCCUCAAGACGCUGAGAUUAUUUCUGUUUCUGGUUUGGCCGUUGUUGAUUGUUCAUGGGCUGAAGUUGAUUCAAUACCUUUUCAUAAAAUGAAGACUCCAUAUCCAAGAUUACUGCCUUAUUUAGUAGCUGCAAAUCCUAUAAAUUAUGGAAAACCAUGUCAACUAAGUUGUGUGGAAGCUAUAGCGGCUGCAAUGUAUAUUACUGGAAAAUUUGAUGAAGCCAAGUGGUAUUUGAGUAAAUUUUCUUGGGGACAGUCCUUUUUAGUAUUGAACCAAGAAUUGUUAGAUACUUAUGCUAGUUGUAAGAGUAGUAAUGAGAUAAUUGAAAAGCAAAAUGAUUAUCUGAAAAAAGAGCAGGAAGCUCAUGAACAAGCACGUAAUGCGAAACCUGAUUGGCCUCCAAGCUCAACGAGUUCAGAUUCAGAGUGAAUAGAACUUAUUUAUAUACAUUUGUAUAUUUUUGAUAAAAAUGUGAAUAUAACAUACAAACACAUCCACACACAUAUAAAAUAGUAGCU